GGAAGAAAGGCGAAGGAGAGGAGGGGUGGGCAGAGAUGGAGAACCACCGACCGCAGAGCGCAGGGGAGACGGCCCGAGCCGGUGCCUGGACUCCGGGGCCAUAAACGUGUGCUACUUGCCGGCAGAAGCGUGUCUACACCGUGCCAGGUUUAUAGCCGCUCCUUCGGAUGAAAAGAGAGAGGAAGCAUGGACUACAGUUGCCAGGCAUCCCUGGUUCCGUGUGGACAAGAUAAAUACAUUUCCAAGAAUGAGCUCCUGCUUCACCUCAAGACCUACAACUUGUACUAUGAAGGACAGAAUUUGCAGCUGCGACACCGCGAGGAGGAAGAUGAGUUCAUCGUCGAGGGGCUGCUGAACAUCUCCUGGGGGCUGUGCCGGCCCAUCCGUCUGCAGAUGCAGGAUGACAAUGAGCGCAUCCGCCCCCCACCCUCCUCCUCUUCCUGGCACUCCGGCUGCAACUUGGGGGCACAGGGCACCAUCCCGAAGCCCCUCAACAUGCCAAGCAUCCAGGUUUCAGAUGUGGACGGGCCGCCCGAGAGUGACCAGAUGCUGAGCCCCACAGAGGCCAGAGGCCUGAAGCCCCUGCAGGAAGACACCCCCCAGCUGAUGCGCACUCGGAGUGAUGUUGGGGUGCGUCGCCGCGGGAACGUGAGGACCCCCAGCGACCAGCGCCGAAUCAGACGCCACCGCUUCUCCAUCAACGGCCAUUUCUACAACCAUAAGACAUCGGUCUUCACACCGGCCUAUGGCUCUGUCACCAACGUCCGCAUCAAUAGCACCAUGACCACCCCGCAGGUCCUGAAGCUGCUGCUCAACAAAUUUAAGAUCGAGAAUUCACCGGAGGAAUUUGCUUUGUACGUCGUCCAUACCAGCGGUGAGAAGCAGAAGCUGAAGCACACCGACUACCCGCUGAUCGCCCGGGUCCUCCAGGGCCCCUGUGAGCAGGUGUCCAGAGUGUUCCUCAUGGAGAAGGACCAGGUGGAGGAAGUCACCUAUGACGUGGCCCAGUACAUAAAGUUCGAGAUGCCUGUCCUUAAAAGCUUCAUUCAGAAGCUCCAGGAGGAGGAAGAUCGAGAAGUCAAGAAGCUCAUGCGCAAGUACACCGUGCUCCGACACAUGAUUCGCCAGAGGCUGGAGGAGAUCGCCGAGACCCUAGAAACUAUCUGAGCCGUGAGAACAAGGGGGUCCCAGUGCCCCAGGAACCAUUGCACACCUGAGGAGCCCCACAGGAGGCUGGGAGUCAUCUUGCCACGGAGAACUCCAGAUGCAAACUUCUCCUGCCACCUCCGUGCAUCCCAGUGGUGCCUGGAGCGGGAUGGAGCAGUCAGUAGACAAGCCCCCAUCCUUGGAUCCCCGAUCUCCUUUCACUCACAGAGAUUUUGCUUUAUGUUCUGGGAAGGAGAGUGUGUGUGUGUGUGUGUGUGUGUGUGUGUGUGUGUGUGUGUGUGUGUUUUACUUACACACAGACUUGACUACUUAACAUCUUUCACCUGUAAUGACAUUCCAAGUGGCCAGCGCCAGCACCACAAGGCUGGUGGAUGUGGCUGCUCAGAAAGACCUGAGGGGUUUUAGACUGAAGCAUUUUCUCCCUGCAAAUGCCAGGCAGCAGCCACACAGUUCUGUCUGUGUUUGGGGGUUCGGCACGCUGCGGUGGGGUCUCUCACCAACUGGACUAUUGACAUGCUAGCAGAGAUUCUUCCUGCGUCCCUAGAAGACUCGGUGAAUGUGAGGUCCUUGGGAGAGUGUAAGUCACAGCCCACGCCCUUGGCGCAGGUUAAGCCCAGGAAAAGCUAAACCAUCAGUGCGGUCGAUGCAGUAAGCCCACAGCUUCUCACACUGGAACCUCCUCGGGUUUAAAUGACAACACUGUCUGGAACCGUUUAGGUGCAUGCCUAGAGAGAAGAAGCUGCUUCCACUGUGUCCUCCGGGCCGCCCCUGGGAGACAGGAGGGCACCCGGACACGUCUCUGUGCCUGUUCAGGCCACCAGUCCCAUUACUUUGGCAUUUCUUCAAGCACAUGGGAAGGCCUCCUGAAGUCAGAACUCAGCUGGUUUGCCCGUGACACCGACGGUGUAGCAUGGCCGGAACCUAGCCUUGCUGUGAAGCAGUGGCCAGGAAUUUCCCAAGUCCCUUCCUAGGGGCUGAAGGGAAGUGUGGGCGCGCAUGGCAGAACUGACCAGUGCCUACAACCCAGCCCAUCCUUUCAUCCUCUAGGGCAGCAGUUCCCAACCUGUGGGAUGACCCCUUUCACAGGGGUUACCGGAUUCUGAAGAACGACAGUGAUGAAGUCUCAGUGAAAAUAAUGUUAUGGUUGGGGGUCACCACCACAUGAGGUGUGAAAGGGAAGGUGGAGAUCCACUGCUCUGGGGUCUUCUGCCCUGGAGCUGGGCCAUGUUUGAAGUCAAGGCUUGAUUCUUCCCAGCCCCCGGGUUCUUUGUGGCCCACCCUCUGUGCUGGGACAGUGAGGACUCGUCCUGAGUGGACACAGCGGGUGCUCUUGGACCUUCCGUCCCCGUUAAGGUGUGAGGGAGGAAGAGGGCAGACAGCCCUGGAAGAUGGCUGCUUUGAGAAUCGGGGUGAUUACCACAUCGAUCCGCAGGAUGGCUUGGUGGGGCUGGGAGAUGGAGAGGCCAUGCCUGGAAACAGACUCUUGGACGUGGUAAGAAAAAUGUGACCUUGUCCCUCUCCACAGCCCUGACCUGUCACUGUUCCGAUUCUGGCUACUGCCCUGGCACUCCCGUAUUUACAAAUCCAGGUUGGCUCCCGCCUCAGUGUAUCAGCCAUGACCAGACUCUGGCCCAGAUCGGGGCAUUGCCACAGAGCCAUGGCCCAUGUGGCUGAGAGAGUUGGAGGAAGGUCAGAGAGAGACUUGGGGGAGGGGCCUGGCUGUGGAGGCCAACCCUGCCGGGCCAGCAGCUCCCGCAACAGGUGGCACAGGGCACUCCUCGCUUCCCUCACGUCUUCAGGGGGGUGUGGAGGGCUGUGAAGCUGAGGGAAGGGGUGCCCCUGGUGGGCGGGGCUUUAAAGGAUUGCUCUCCUGUCCUGGACACCCUCUUGCUCUCCCUGGUGACCUUCACCUUGGCCUCUGGGGAAAGCUCAUAGGUGAAAUCUCCUGGUUGACUUGAACAUCCUGCCGGGACUUUAUUCCUGGUCUCCCACCUCCCCAGGAAUGGCAUGCCCACCCCUGUGGGGCAGGAGAGGAAGCACAGAGGUGCUGGCUCGUACUCAGGGCCCCAAGUGGGCUCCUGCCAAAUGCACAAAACUAAGAACACACACACACACACACACACACACACACACACACACACGGCGGCAUGGAGGAUGGCUGCAGGGUACAGGAGGCAAAGGGCAGGGUGAUGAAUGCCCAUCCAGCUCCUGCGUUCUGCAUUUCAGAAAAAGAUUUGGGGGAAAAAAAGAAAUCUCUCCAGGUGACUUGUACCCUGAACUGGCCAGGCCUUUGCCUGUCCCGGUAAUUUAUCUCUGAGUGGCGGGGCGGGGAGACUGGAGGAAAGUAAAUGGCUAACCGCAGACUUUUAUUGGACAUCCAUGUCUGGCUCGUACACGCUCUCUUUCGUUUGCACUAGCGCCUGGAGAGUGUGAAAUAUGAAAGUGCCCCGUGAUGCCAGGUGUGCCAACUGCAGGCCACUCCCGUGUGGACCGGGCCCUGCUUAGAGGUGGGCUCUCACGUGUACCUAGCACCCUAAUGAGCAGUUUGGGAGGUGAGUUCUUUGAAGCAGUGGUGGAGGAAAGCCACACGCUUCGCCUCCACGUGGAGCGGAUUGAUUUUCUCCCUGGUGUCACGUGGCGCCGCGGCGGCUCCGUGCGGCUUUAUGUCCUUGUGCGCAGUGGAUCUGCAGCUGGGAGAACAAAAGGCCAACGUGCAGGGCUUUCCCUGACCCGUGAAAGCAGACUGGCCUCACCUGGUUGGCUUCUUCCAGAAGCUUCUGUUACAAGGCUUGUGAUCAAGUGAUGGAGCGCCUGAGCCCACCAGCCUGGGAAAGGGCUCAGACUCCCCGGGGAGGCGGUGGAGUUAAGCCCAAGGUCAUGGUCACGGUGAUCACAUUAAUGGGAGCACUAUGAAGUGAAUGGGGGUCGGGGAGGGGGGAGGUAGCUUAGUGAGCAAUCAAAGAGCACAAAUUCGGCAUGCCCUCGCAUGCGGAAGCCUUCCUUGAGUCAGAUGAGCGGAGGCUUGUCUCCUGGAGAGGUGGGGAUAAAAAUAUUCGUUCAGAUGUAAUUGAAAGCGGUCGUCCUAUCAUGGGCGAUGGAGGCGCUUCUUGUGUUUCAGCCAGGUGUAAGAGAGGGCCGAGCUGUGAAGGAAAAUGCCUUCCAUUUGCGCUUGGAGGGUCCCCGAAAGCUCACCGCAGGUAGACACGUUUCCCGGGCAGAUGGUUUCCGGAUGUAAUGAAUGCCUAGUGUCCCAGGAGCAUUCCCCCAUCAGGAUAACUCUGCCAAGGGUUCUUCUGUUAACCGUCGCUUGCCUUCCAUCAAUGGUACACGACCUGGUUCCAUGUUUGGGUCUGAACUUAAUCUAAACGGAUGCGUUUAGGCAUCUUACCACAAUUUGACGAGGUCUCAGUAGGGAGCCAUACAUUUUUGUAAUAAUUUUAUGUUGUCAUGCACAUGUCUUAGAUGUAACUGAAAUAAAGCACUUUUCAAAGAGAA